GCUGCCGCACUACAGCAACUUCCAAUCCAGGGUUUUAGGGUUUCCUGGAAGAAAGAGGGUUAUCGGGAUAAACCCCCAAUUUUUUGAAUGUCUCUUCUUGAAAACAGGUGAGUUCCUUCUCUGUUGCCCAAAAUUCUUGAGUGCGCAAUUUAGGUGGAAAUCUUUGCUACAUAUGAAAUGGUUCGAGCUUCACUAGCCCACAGAGAGGGUUUGCGGUUCAUGAAGGAAAGAGGGUUACAAGGUUCCAAGCUUGGGGAAAUCUCCUCUGUAGUGAAGACAGUUGCCACCUCCCCUUCCAUCGCUGCAGCGGCAUAUGUGCCUCCUUCCACAUCUGCUGCUCCGGUUGUUCCUGCAAUAUCGCAGGCAGUAGCUCCUCCAAAAUGUGCUUGGACUGAAUACACCUCCCCUGAUGGUUACAAGUACUACUAUAAUAGCUCAACUGGUCAAAGCACAUGGGAGAAUCCAGAGGAGUUGACAUUAUUUGAACAACAGCAGCAACAACAAAAACCGCCACUUCAACAACCUCAUCCCCAGUCUCACCCUCAAAGCAUGUCUGCCCAGCAAGUUCCUCAGAUGCAGCAACCUCAACUACAAAAUCAACCCCAAAUACAGCACCGCCCACAGGAGUAGCAACAAAGUUCUAUACCAUCAUCAGGACUUCAGGCUUAUCAGGAGCGGAUGUGGAAAAGCAAGCCUUCAGAUGUGCUGGCCUCUAUUCGUUUUGAAAGCCAAGGAGGGAGGUAUCUGGGGCUGCCAUCCAUUAUUGGGAAAUCUAAAUCAGAAGUAUUCAAAUAUGUGAAAGACUGGGUUAUUGGAAGGUUGAAGAGCUGGAAGGAAACGGUUUUAAAUAUGGCUGGUAAAGAAAUAUGGCUGACAGAAAUAAGGCACCAGAACAUCGUGAAACUCUACGGCUUCUGUUACCAUGAAAAGCACACUUUUUUGGUUUGCAAGUACGUGGAGAGCGUGGCGAACGUUUUUGAGAAGAGAGAAAGAUGCCAAGGAGUUGGACUGGAGUAAGAGAGUGAAUGUAGCGAAAGGGGUGGCUCAUGCUUUAUCUUACUUGCAUCAUAAGUGUGUGCCUCCCAUAAUUCAUCAGGAUAUAUCGAGCAAGAAUGUUUUGUUGAACUCGGAAAUGGAGGCUCAUGUCCCAGAUUUUGGCACGGCAAGGUUUUUGAAGCCUGAUUCUUCAAAUUGGACUGCGGUUGCAGGCACAUUCGGAUACAUUGCUCUAGAAUUAUCGUACACAAUGGCAGUGACAGAGAAAUGCAACGUGUAUAGCUUUGGUGUUAUGACACUCGAGAUAUUGAUGGGAUCGCAUCGCGGAGAACUCAGUUCAAACCUAUACUCAUCCGUUGACAACGAACGUGUACAAUUGGCAGAUGUCUUGGAUCCUCGUCUUCCCCCUCCUACCAGUCAAAAGCUAAGAGACGAACUGGAUUCCAUUUUGAAUCUAGCAGUCUGGUGCUUGCGCGCCGAUCCUCAUUCUAGGCCUACCAUGUAUGAUGCAUCUCAGGUGCUUGAGAUGAACGCUAGAGCUGGCAGAGAGAGUCCGGAGUUGGUUAAAUCUGUUAGAGAGGGUGUUGAUGUGCUGCCCAUGCUCAGUUAGUAAGUUGGAUAUUUCUCUCUCUUAGUAAGUUGGGACAUAAGGCUCGGUUUGGUUUUGGUUGGUUCUCUCAUUCUCUCUUUCGGUCG